GUCAAAGACAUGUAAGAAUCAAAUUUAAGAAAAUCGAGUUGGGCAUAAUUUAUACAACACAGCAGUUUGCUGCUGUUAAAUCUCGUAUGGAGAAAUCAGAUGGGGGGUGUUGGUGUAUUAAUAUGAGGAGCAUAAGCAGUACACCGCCGGAAGCUGUGGUCAAUCAGCUUUGCAGUUAACGUGACUGUCAUCAUGUACCCCAACACGCAUUUCUGAGCAUGUGUGUCCAGUAUUUUGUUUCCCACAUACAUUCACAGAGCUAUCGUUCUAUACUUCUAGGGCCAGGAUAUCCUAUUCCUACCCUUUAAUUAUGCACAUUAAGAAGGCCCCCCAUCUGAGGUUUGGGUCCAGGUGAUGCUGCUCCUUGGUUUAUCCUUUAUUAGAUUGUACUGCAUGAAGAACAGGACAGCAGCUUUCUGAUCCUAUUUAUGUAACUUUUCAAGUAACUUCCUCUUUUUGGAGUUUUGAAACCUGCAAGAUUUCUUCUGUCAUUUCUGGGCAGCCGGACCGCUUUGUAAGUAGUGAGUGAGUGGUUAUCAUGAUUGAAAGCAAUACCACCUGUGCUGAUAAGGUGAAAUAAAUCUGAGAAGCUUCUAGAUGUGGAAAAAAACAUGAGAAAAGAUAAGUUAUUUGUGUUUUUUUUAAUAAAAUUAGUCUCAUCAGCAGAAAUUAGAAUAAAAGACAACUUUAUUUUUAUAGUGUUAAUAUUUAUAUUUCUUACAACAGACAUGAUUUUUUAACCAAACUGCACUAACUUAAGCUGUGAAGUAUGUUUAAACAUGGGGUGUAUGUUGUAUUUCUUGCUAGUAAGCAUGAAAGAAAUUUCAAUAAUUUUUUUUGUUUAAAUAAAUACAAAUUGUUUGACUUUCUUCAAAUUCAUCUGUGUGUGAACUUCAUCACUUAGAUUGCUGCAUUUUUGCAGAUUAUUACGUCUGCUGAGGGAUCUGGAUCACAUUUCUGCACCAGUGGGGGUCCAUUUAGUUGUUAUCACUUUCUGUUGGUGUUCAUGUGAUUUGAAGACAGAGGAGCUCUGGCUGUUUUGUACCACCAGGGUGUGCAAAAGCUGCAGCAUCAACAUGGAGAACAAGGUGACCGAGACUGAACAAAUAGAAGCAUUUUUGUUCCACUAAAAGUGUAAAAAGAGAUAUUAAAAUGCUGAAAUAACUUUGUAACCACAACUUCUUCCUUACCUGAGUGAUUUCUUUACACUUUUUACUUCAAGACUUAAACAAUUUCUUAAACAACUGCUGAUGUGUUACAAAAAGUCUUAAAAUCAAGUGUAUGGUAUAUUUUUUCAGCUCAACGAGCUUUGUUCUAUUCCUUUUUUUGUCCCCUGCAGCCAGUAAAGGAGGUGCUCCCCUUGCCUCGCCAGUCCACCCCACUUCUGGUAACCUCCUCCUCUGCCCCCUCUCUGGACCUUACUGCCAGCUCAAAGAAACCAUCAGCAGGCUCCAUACAGCAUGUUCAGAUGGCCUCAUCAGGUGGUCGACAAAAACACCUCAUGUUUGUUACCCAGCAUCAUACAGACUUGUGACCAUUUGAAUAAAAAGCAGCAUCUCAUCUUUUACCAUUUUUCAAUGUUGUCACAGUGGUGACAUCGUUUAACUAUCUGCAGCCUCCAGAAAGAGACCUGACGCUGAUGUCGCAAAUGAAAACGAUAAAGUCACUGAGACAGGCUGGCCUCACUGCGGUCUUCACCGGACAAACGAAAUUUGACAGCCAGGAGUUGGUUGAGGAGUUACCCAUUUUUGAUGCAAUUUUGGCUGAAAUUGAUUCCCUGGUUCCCACUCACGAUGAAGCUGGCCAUCCCAUAGCAGAGUGGAAACGACAGGUGAUGGUGCGGCAGCUGCAAGUCAGGCUACAAGACGAGGAGGAGCAGAGGAGACAGGUAGUCUGUCGUGUGGUUAAACAAGCAGUGAACCAGAAUGCUAAGUCAUCCCUCAGGGUGCUAAACUGUCUUUAUCUCACAGGAUAUGAUGAGUGGCCACAUACCAGUGGAUGGCUGGAAGUACUCACAGGCUCAUAAUGCUGUCUUGGGGCCCUUCGGUGAACUCUUAACAGAGGAGGAUCUGGUCUACCUGCAGAAGCAGAUUGAGUCUGUCUCCCUGCAGAAAUGCUGCAAAGCGUAUGAGCUGGAGCUGGCCAGGCUUACAGAAGAGCUGAGAGCAAUUUUUCCUGAUCCCAUUGUCAACAUUUCCCUUAACAAAGAAAUCCUUCAGCAAAUGGACUCUGAGGGGAAAAUCCCUCUGGCUCUGCCUGUGUGGUGCAGUCGCAUAUCAGAGCUGGUCAGAAGUAUGUCCCUGCUUGUGGCUAAUUUGACCCAAACUACAGAAAAAGAAGAUGACUGGAGGGUGGUGGAAGGAGUAGUGGAGGGAAUGAAGGGUCUGCAAGGAGUUACAGAUGUGUCAAGAAUAGGCCAAGAGACGGAAAAACCUCUUGAGGAGACUUCCAGUGGGUACAGGCUUCCACAUAUUGGGAUGGCGUCCACCUUUAGUCAUCGCUUAGAGAGCAACAGCUACAGUAAAGCUCGGAGGGAAAAGGUGGAGAGGGAGAUUCAACAGUCUGGGGUGUCAGUAAGACACCUCAGAUCAAAUUUUGAGGGACAGAUUGGUAGCAUUUAUCCAUUUGCUGUUAUGCAAGAAGGACAGGGACUGAAGACUCAGACUGGAUCAACAGGAAUCAAUCACGAUGUAAGCAAAAGGGUCAACCUGGAGGCUGCAGAAAAACGUGCACCUGUGAUGGAAACAACCAGUUUAAGAAAGGAGCGAAUCGUUGUUUUGUUUCUGAGUCACUGGAAGAAGUCUGCUUAUGCCAUCUCGAUGAGAGCAGCGAGACAGAGACAGGGAGGUGUUGCAGCAGCACAGGCUCAGGAGAAAAUCCCCUCCAUAUUUAACUUGUGCCAACAAAAAGAAGGUGUGGACAAACUGCUGAACUUCUGGAAGAAUAAACAAGAGUUUAAAGAAGAUCAGGAGUCUUCCACUAACCCCUCUGAAAAUCCAUGCCCCCGUGUGACCUACUCCCCAGAGCAGUUCCUGCCAGAUGUGGAUGGUGUUGCGAUAAACCAUGACAACUUGACCCUUGAUCUCUUCAUGCUGGGUUACUUUCACAUGCUGGAGCAGGAGCUGUCUCCGGAGGAGAGGAAAAUGAGGCACCUCCUCUGCUUUGAAAUUUUUGACCACAUUGGCAGCUUUCCUUGGGAAAAGGUGCGGGAUUUCCACAAAGCUGUUCUCCAGGAAAUCCAGAGUGGACGGCGACAGUGGAGUGAUGGCUUUGAGGACCUCAAAGUGAGCUUCUUUGGUGAAUCUCGACCUUCCUGCUGCCCGUCCUCAUCAUUGGUGCCUGGCUCCAAAAUUGUGCCCAAGGUCAUAGUUCAAAGUGCACCUUCAGAGGAGCACGACAGCAGCUCAGACAUCCACUUCAACAAUGAAGACAUCUAUAAAUAUAUUGAUCGCAGUUUUGCUUUCUGGAAAGAGAAGGAAGCAGAACUUUUUAAUUUUGAUCAUUAAGCUGAAGUCUAAUGUUUCUGUGGAAAACAAUGCUGAGGUUAUUAUUCUGGAUAAAACAGAUUCUCUAAAUAAAAAUGUUUUGAGAAAGCA